UUCGAGGCGCAGGAGAGGGCCUCGGAGGCGGAGAACGUGCCGCCGGUGAUCCCCACGCCGCACCACUACCUCCUCAGCGUCUAUCGUCACAAGAUCUUCUUCGUGGCCGUCAUCCAGAGCGAGGUGCCGCCGCUCUUCGUCAUCGAGUUCCUGCACCGCGUCGUCGACACCUUCCAGGAUUAUUUUGGUGUCUGUUCAGAGGUGAUGAUCAAGGACAAUGUGGUGGUGGUUUAUGAGGUGCUGGAGGAGAUGCUGGACAACGGCUUUCCAUUGGCAACGGAAUCUAAUAUUCUCAAGGAGCUGAUAAAACCUCCCACUAUCCUGCGAACGGUUGUCAACACCAUCACAGGAAGCACAAAUGUGGGUGACCAGCUCCCUACUGGACAGCUAUCAGUGGUGCCUUGGAGGCGUACAGGCGUGAAAUAUACCAACAAUGAAGCAUAUUUUGAUGUGAUUGAGGAGAUAGAUGCAAUCAUUGACAAAUCAGGUUCCACAAUAACUGCUGAAAUCCAAGGGGUGAUUGAUGCUUGUGUCAAGCUGACUGGGAUGCCAGACCUUACUCUCUCCUUUAUGAACCCCAGAUUGUUGGAUGAUGUCAGUUUUCAUCCAUGUGUGCGUUUUAAGCGCUGGGAAUCAGAGCGAAUACUCUCUUUCAUUCCACCUGAUGGAAAUUUUCGCUUGCUCUCCUAUCAUGUCAGUGCUCAGAAUCUUGUGGCAAUCCCUGUCUAUGUUAAACACAAUAUCAGCUUCCGUGAUGGCAGCUCAUUGGGACGCUUUGAGAUCACUGUGGGGCCGAAGCAGACUAUGGGGAAGACGAUAGAGGGAGUGACGGUUUCUAGCCAGAUGCCAAAAGGUGUAUUAAACAUGAGCCUCACACCUUCUCAGGGAACGCAUAUCUUUGAUCCAGUUACAAAGUUACUCUCAUGGGAUGUUGGGAAAAUAAAUCCCCAGAAGCUGCCAAGCCUGAAAGGGACCAUGAGCCUGCAAGCUGGGGCAUCCAAACCUGAUGAGAACCCCACCAUUAACCUGCAGUUUAAAAUUCAGCAGCUGGCUAUAUCUGGACUGAAGGUGAAUCGCUUGGACAUGUAUGGGGAGAAGUACAAGCCCUUCAAGGGGAUAAAAUACAUGACUAAGGCUGGCAAGUUCCAAGUCCGAACCUAGAGGAGCCUGGUAGUGUGGAAGAGCACUUUCCUGUUUCUCCUAUCCCUAGGUGUUGGAUGCGGCCUUUCCCCACCAUCACGCAUUUAGGGUUGCCCCCUUACCUCUACUAGCAUCUGCUGGAGAGCCAAUGCUUAGGGUGCUGGGGAGCAGGGAAGAGUAGGGCUGACCUGAAACCAUCUCAUCACUAACUGAGUCUGAAGUACUCAGAGCAAUGGCAGAUGGGAGAGGUAUUCAGGUCCCUUGGCAUUAGUGAGUCAGAUAUGUAAGCCCAUAUCACCUUCACCUGCUGUCUUAAAAGAAAUUCUAGGGAUUUACUCCCUUUGUAUCUCCUGUUCCUUAUGUUUUGGUUGGCUUUUAUCCUGUUGCAGAUGAUGCAAAGUUGAAUUUCCAUAAAGCUCAACUCCAUUGUGAAAGUGUGGCAUCUGCUCUUCUCCCUCACUGGGUGUUUGGAGAGCUACAGUUAUUGCAGGCAGAGAGGUCAGCUGGCCAUUCUGCCUCAAAGAGCCUGAAGAAGUGGAAAGGUAGAUUGUCCUACCCAGAAUGGGAAGAUAAAUCUGAGUUUGUGUGUGGUGCCAUAGAGGGAGGAAGGGAAGAAAUGAAUGCUUUGAAGAUUUCAGAAACCCCCUUACUCAUUAAGUAUCUUGAAUUUCUGGGGAUAGACUGGAAACCCAUCAAAGUCUUAGUAUGGUAUCCUCUGAAGAGCUGGCAGAAGCACAGCUUAUCUUGUAACUGAUGGGUGAUGAUCUCUGAAUGCAACUCUGCCUCUCUCUUUUUUGCUUGAUAUGUGGAGGUAGGGUUUCUCCUAUCUUCUUUGGAGGGUCAAGGAAGAGCCAGAGGCUAUAUAAGAACGUGUGUGGAAUCAUAGCACUCUGUUAGAAGCUGAAGCUGAGGCAGCUGAAUGAGGAGGAUGAUCGCUAUCCUGGUAACUUGUCAGAAGCUCUUUUUGCCUCUGCUUGCCUGUUAGGAAUGAAGGUGAUACUGCUGUUCUUCUGCUCACUGAUGUCUUUAUAUGAGAUAAUUGUGUCCUAGUAACUAUGUGGUGUUUCUGGCUGUCCUACCUCAUUCCAGUUCCUUUCGCAAUCAGCUGCUGUGCAGGUGAAUUCUAGCCUACGUUGGAUUUUUCUCUGGGGCUAUCUCUUCUGUAGGAGAUGCUGCUGCAUCUGCCCAUCUCGGUCUGUGCUACAUCUUUCCGUACAGCAUAAAUUUGAAAUGAAAGGUAUAUGCACUAUUCCAUGUUGUCUGUAAUGUGCUCUUUGGCCACUAGAUGCCAAUGCGUUUAUUUCUGUGGUAGUAGAACCUGUCCAUAAUCUGCUGUGCGUGUGACUACAGCAUCUGUGAGGUGGCUGUGAAGUCCAGCAUGUGUAGUGACCCCACAUGAAGGAUAAUACACGUUCUGGUUUGUGUAUGAUGGAUAUUUGCAGUGAGUGAGUGGUGUCUCAUUUCUGUAAUUGCAAGUUCCAAUGCAACUGAUGAAUGCCACUGCAGGUGGCCUUACUGCUGAGCAUGUUCAGUGCAAAUACAACCUUUGACCAGGGCAUCAAUAAAAUUCAUUUUUACCUGU